GUUCUUUCCAUCACAAGCAAACAAAACAUAUAAACUCUGGCAGAUCCGUUGAACAGACAGUAAACUCAUGCAUCCCCAUUGAUCAAUCUCUCUUCUCUGUGAUAAUGAUUUUUCUCUUUCAUCAAUUUUCUUAAUAGCGGAAGUGUUUGAUAGCGAAGCCUUCCAAGGUCCAUAUAGGGUUUGCAAAUUACGUCUUAGAAAGCUUUAAUAUGAGUCGUGAUCCUGACGUGAAUUGGGAUUGCAUUUAGAGAGAUUUCAUCUUUGAGGAGCCGAUUCAAUUCGCGGUGGAUGUAUGCGACAAACACACACCCCGGAUAAUCUCAAUUUCCAGAAUAAAUCAACACUACACUCUGAAUUGAGACUGGGCCGACGGAUGCCCAAAUGGAUUAGUCCUGCACAAGAGUGUAUUGGGUGCUGACUGCUGAGAAAAACUUAUUGCAACCAAGUGAUGGUGCAUUAGUUCAUGUUAGCCUCUAAACGGAAUGCCUAUUCGCAGUUUUAGAUAUGUGAUACACUACAUAUGUAUAUUUUACUAUUGGUACCGAAAUUUAGUUCAGUGGAUCAGACCAAUAAUCUUAGAGUGGUAGGUAACAUUCCUAUUACCUCAAGACUAGAGUUACCGAAGAUCCAAGCAGUAUACCAGGACUACUCAGUCAACUUUAAAAUUCACUAGGCUGACACUUCAUUAAGGAUGUGCAAAUAAUUACGGCUUUUGCAUUUGUUAGAAAAUAUCAAUACAAACAAAAUGAAAAUUGAAAAAUUAUGAUUAAAAACUGUGGUACUUUUUAUUUUAUAUAGUAAUUGGGCGUCUCACUGGAGAGGACAACCCUGUAAGGUGUUAUGUUUCCCUCCAAAUUCCUAUUAAAUGCAUAUAAGAAGCAAAAUUAAAAGGUUGAUACCCCAAGGAUACUUUGUAUGAUAUCAAUGCUACGUAUGUCAUGAAUCACUGUAUUUGUUUUUAACUAAAACUCUGCAUUUGCUUGACAAUAUAGACUGAUAAGAAGGAAAAGGAAGAAUGAAAGUAGGAUCUGGUAAAGGGAGAAAAGUGUGCCUGGCGGUGACAAGUGCUGUGAUUGCAAUUGUAUUGCUAGUGGUGAUACUAGCAUUGACAGUGUUCAAAGCCAAGAAUCCUGUUACCACAGUGAACUCAGUGACACUAGAAGAUUUUCACAUGAGUUUGGAUAUAGCAAAACUAAGGGUAGAUUUGAAUGUGACCCUGGACGUGGAUGUCUCUGUGAAGAACCCUAAUAAGGUGGGAUUCAAGUACUCAGACAGCACUGCCCACCUCAAUUACAGAGGGCAACUGAUAGGCGAGGUCCCAAUCCCCUCUGGGGAGAUUUCUUCUGGCGAGACCAAAGGAUUCAACCUCACCCUCACCAUUAUGGCUGACCGUUUGCUCUCCAAUUCCCAGCUUUACUCAGAUUUCACAUCUGGUUCAUUGCCCCUAAAUACUUUCGUGAGGAUUUCUGGCAAAGUCAGCAUUUUAGGUUUUAUCAAAGUCCAUGUGGUUUCCUCCACAUCUUGUGAUUUUUCAGUUAAUCUUUCCAAUAGAACAAUAGGGAACCAAGAGUGCCAAUACAAGACAAAACUUUGAUUAAUAGUUUUUGUUUAGAGUGAAACUAGACUCUAGAUGAGUAGACCAUACACGUAUUAUUUAAUGUUCAAUUAAUUUGUUCAUAUUUCACUUUGUUUCA